CGUUGUGGAUGGAGCACUUGACAAGAUGGCAUCUCUUACACUCCUGCUGCUGCAUCUGCUGCUUAUGGCCUCAGCUGCAUCUGCAUGGUACAUGUAUCCUUACUACAGAUACUAUGGAGGCUCAGUGACCUUCAACCCAAAAGGAACAAACUCAGAUGGGUCUUAUGUGGUGGAACUUCGCAACAAGCAAACCACGUACUACUGCUACCAGAAUGGCUACACUUGUUCCUCUGGUAACUGUGGGUCCCAGGUCCAGACUACCACCACACGAACUGCCAGCAAUUCCUAUGGUUUCAACUGGUGUGAGUAUGAGGUGGUGACAAAAAGAAAACUCAACAGCAAUCGACCCUUUGAGAUUAGAUACCCCACUUACUACAACACUCGAAAUGGUCAUGGAUAUUGGAUUUCAAACACCAGAAGCUCACAGGCUGGUUGGAGAAUGAUGGCGCAUGUGGACCUGGGAACCCGAUCUGAUACUGGUAAAUCGAACAGAUCUCCCAUCACUUACAUGCUGCCCAUUCUCAGAGUUCCCAGGAACUGCCCACGGUCAUUCAACAUGACAGUGUUUGACCCUGAUGGUGACCGGGUCAGAUGCAGAGUACCAACAAGUUCAAGCGCAUCUGAGUGUGGGCUGUGUGGUCUGAGCAGCGGUUUCUCUUUAGAUCAGAAUUCUUGCUCCCUAACGUAUACAUACACAAGUACAACUGGAAUUCAGCCAUUUGAGCUGAUGGUGGAGGACUUUCCCAACACCCACAUUACACUGUCCUACUCUGAUGGAUCCUACACAACAAAGCGACCACUCUCAGUGGGAAGGCGUAAACGUCAACUAUCAACCACCACCACAGCUUUCCCAACAACCACCACAGCUGCACCAACCACCACCACAGCUUUCCCAACAACCACCACAGCUGCUCCAACAACAACCACAGCUGCUCCAACAACCACCACAGCUUUCCCAACAACCACCACAGUUGCUCCAACAACAACCACAGCUGCUCCAACAACCACCACAGCUUUCCCAACAACCACCACAGCUGCUCCAACAACAACCACAGCUUUCCCAACAACCACCACAGCUGCUCCAACAACAACCACAGCUGCUCCAACAACAACCACAGCUGCUCCAACAACCACCACAGCUGCUCCAACAACCACCACAGCUUUCCCAACAACCACCACAGCUGCUCCAACAACCACCACAGCUGCUUCAACAACCACCACAGCUGCUCCAACAACAACCACAGCUGCUCCAACAACAACCACAGCUGCUCCAACAACCACCACAGCUGCUCCAACAACCACCACAGCUGCUCCAACAACAACCACAGCUGCUCCAACAACCACCACAGCUGCUUCAACAACCACCACAGCAGCACCAACAACCACCACAGCUGCUCCAACAACAACCACAGCUGCUUCAACAACCACCACAGCAGCACCAACAACCACCACAGCUGCACCAACAACAACCACAGCUGCUCCAACAACCACCACAGCUGCUUCAACAACCACCACAGCUGCUUCAACAACCACCACAGCAGCACCAACAACCACCACAGCUGCUCCAACAACAACCACAGCUGCUUCAACAACCACCACAGCUGCACCAACAACCACCACAGCACUUUACCGAACAUCUAUUGCUCCUUUAAGCAAGAUUCCACUGCAAUUUUCAGUUCAGGUGGAUGGGCACUCUGCCCCUUCAUGCCUUGACGGUGAUUACUUUCCUGUUUUCUUAUCACCAACUCCGGUUAAUGGAGCAAAUCUUCCUGCAUUCGUCAAUCAGACUCUCGAAAUCAAAGUCAGAUCCAAAGCACAAGACACCACGAUUUAUGACCUGAUUGUUUCUGGACCAACGGGCAUUUCAAAGGAGAGGACCUCCACAGGAGAAUAUGUCAUAAAAUGGAAACCAACUGAAAAUGAACUGAAUGAACAUUUUCCUAUUUGCUUUGUUUCUGAGGCAAGGGACAGAUACUGGAGAAUCUAUCAAUCAGAGCUACGCUGUGUGAUUGCUGAUGUAGGACACCAUGAGGCCAUUGUGACAUGCAAUGAAACAACAAUAAAGGUAGAAGUGGAGAAGUCCUACCUCAUCAGACGCAACGAGGACAACUUGCAUCUGAAUGACUUCACAGAUCCUGCCUGCAACCUGACAAGGCUCUCCAACACAACCCACCUGGUGGCUGUCAUGUCACUGAACACCUGUGGGACCCUUGUAGAGGAGGAUGACGAUAACAUCAUUUUCAAGAAUGAGAUCACAUCUGCUGACACAACUCAAAUCAUUUCCAGGCAACAUGAUGUUGAGAUCGCAUUUCAGUGUGCCUAUCCAAAGCGAACCAACCUUACCCUGGGAUUCACGCACAAAAACCCCUAUGCCUUCACAGAGAAAGGCUUUGGUGCCUUCACCUUUGACUUUGAAUUCUUUGAGAGCCAGCGAUUCAGGAAACAAGUUGAUGCCAACACCUACCCAGUGGAAGUGUAUCUCAAACAAAUGAUAUUUAUGCAGAUCAAAGCAACCACCUCCAUCCCCAACACAGAGCUGUUUGUGGAGUCUUGCAGGGCAACUCCCUAUGACAACCCCAACUCUCGAAUCAGCUACACCAUCAUCCAAAAUGGGUGCGUGAAGGACAAGACAGUGCAGAUUUAUCCCAGUUCCAAGUCUCAGUUCAGAUUUGGAAUGGAGGCUUUUGAAUUCAUCGGUGCUCAUGAGCAGGUGUACAUUACCUGUUCAGUCAUUCUGUGUGAGACUGGCAUUCCUGGAACCAGGUGCUCUCAGGGAUGCAUCCAAUCCAACUCAGGGAAUCAUCGCAGCAAAAGAGAAGCUGUGGCUCAGACUAGCAGGCACUCCAUUUCCCAGGGACCUUUGCAUCUGGCUAAAGUGUCUGACAGCCAAGUGUCUGGCCCAAGCCUGAAUCUGGGCAUGAACCUGGUCUUCAUUGUUGGCUGCCUCCUGGUCUGUGGAGUGGUCAUUUACCGAACAAAGAGGUCCAAGGCUAAAUACCAACCCCUGCCAACCUCUGAAACAGACUGAAGACAGAGAUCCCUUUUUAGUCCACUCAGAUGAUGAAAGAGAUUCUCAGCUACAGUCAUUGUUUGUUUUUUUUUUCAGGGUAUUGAUGGUUUGAGCAUGAAGUGUCUCUAUGGUCUCUAUUCAGCUCUUUGGCUCUUUGGUUUUGAAAACUGAAUAUGAAUAUCUACAAACUUCUUGUUAAACAGUUAUGAAUAUUACUUGCAGAGGUGGAAGAACAUUUUAGUCACUUGAUAUGAGGCUGAGUAUCAAUUUGCCAAUGAAGUAUGAUCCAAAUUUGUCAAUAUUUAAUUUAUUGACAAAGUUUGUCCUUUACUUAUUGUGCAUCAUUAUCUGCCUACAGUGUCAUUACAACCUGAACUGCCCAUACUUCUACCUGUUAUUAUCCAUGCAUUAUCUAUACUGCUUAUCCUUAAGGUUCAUUUCUAUGUAUUGUGAAAAUAAUAUGUGAAAAAAGAAUUGUAAACAGCAAUGAAUCGAACAGGAAGAAUAAAACAUGACUUUGUA